ACCUAUAUGCAUUGAUUUAUUUUAGAUUUAAUAAUAAUAUUUUUUAUAAUUAAAAAUGCCGAUGGGAAGUGGGAGAAAGAAAGCUGGAGAAUGGGAUGAAGUGACUGAAGUUGAAAACAGUACAAAGGUUUCUUGUGACUAUUGUCAUGCUUUGAUUAGCAACAAGAUAGAACGAGUAAAACCCCAUUUAAAACAUUGCCAAAAAAAGUUUAAGUUUUUACACAAGCAUACAGAAAGAGAAAAUCUCAAUUUGUCAAAAUAUUUAAAUAAAAAUUGUGUUGAUGUACCAAAUAAUGAUUUAAAUAUUAGUGCAUCUGCUCUAAUAGAUGGACCAUCAUCUCUAAUAGCUGGACCAUCAGCUCAAGUUGGAAAAAGUUCUUUGGCAUCUGUAAGUUCUAUAAGUUCGUUAACACCUUGUAAGAAGCAGCGGUUGAUGUCAUUGUACACAAUAUCAACUAAUAUGGAAAAAACUAAUAUGAAAGAAAAUAUUGAUAUAAAAAUAGCAAAAUUUUUCUUCAGUGCAAAUGUAUCAUUUAAAACUUCUGAAAAUCAAGAAUUUAUAGACAUGAUCAGUUCAUUGAGACCAGGAUACAAACCACCUAACCGUAAAAUGCUAGGAGGAGAGCUCUUAGAAAAAGUUUAUGAGGAAGUAAACAAAAAAAUGAUGGAUCAACUUACCCAAGAAGAGAAAACAAUAACAAUUAUGCAAGAUGGAUGGAGUAGUGUUACUAAUGAUCCCAUUAUUGCUCACAGUGCAUAUGACGGACUUAAUUCUAAAAUUUUAUGCAUUACUGAUUGUGCAUCAAAUAAAAAAACAGCCAAGUAUUGUACCGAACUCCUUUGUAAUGCCAUUAAAGAUCUUAAAGAAACAUACAAUAAAGAAGUAUUUGCUGUGGUAACAGAUAAUGAAAAUAAGAUGAAAAAAAUGAGGGAUUCAAUCAAAGAAACGUAUCCAAAUCUUUUAACAUAUGGGUGUUCUGCACAUUAUUUAAACCUUUUAGAAAAAGAAGUAACACACCCAGAUGUCAUCAAACAUGUGGUUGAAGUGCAGAAAUAUUUUCGUAAUACACAUCAACCGCAUGUAAACAUUAUUUUGUAUUUGUGGGUUAAACUUAGAGUAUAAAAAAUAUAUAAAAGUUUAAAAUUAACUAUUUAAUUUUUAUUUUAAGGGAUGGUUGCAUGAGAAAGGAGGGCAUAUGCCUCAGUUACCAAACAAUACCCGAUGGAACUCCCAAAUUGACUGUAUAGAAACAUACAUAAAAAACUACCAAAUUUAUGUAGAAAUAGUAGAUAAUCAUGAUAUACCUAUCAAAAUCAGAAAAAUUAUUGAAAAUCGAGCAAUAUUUAGAGAAGCUAACAGUCUUCAAACCCAACUCAAAAUAUUUGGUGUUGUUUUAGAUCAAGCAAAAACCUGCCGAUUGAAAAUGAAGAUGAGGCUGAAGAAUGGCUUUACAAUCAUUAUCCUGAUUUUGUACCUGGGUUGAUUUUGCUUAAAUUAAAGGAUUGUGAUGCAUUUCCUAAAAGGAUGUUGAGUAAUCAAAUUAUAUCAACAAUAUUGUGCAGUGAUUGGUGGUCUAUCAUUAACCAGAGAAAUAAAAAAUCAAUUCAGAAAAAAUUGCCUGAAGGAUUUUGCAAAUUUAUUUCUAAACUUCAAACGUGCCCUGCUAGCUCAGGAUCAAUAGAAAGAAUAUUUUCUUCAUUUGGUUUUAUUUGGUCAAAAGUUAGAAAUAAAUUAGGAUGUGAAAAGGCUAAAAAGCUUGUGCAAAUAUAUAAACAGUAUCAAAAAUAGUUUAUAGUUUAUGUUUUUACAUUAGAGUUUAUGCUUUUACAAUAUAAAGUGAAUAUUACAUUAAAGUAAAGUUGUAUUUGCAAGAAGUAUACCAAAAAUGUAAAUAGUCUUGUCAAUGUGUAUCUAUUCUAAAAAAUCUUAUUGAAUGAAUCUAAUUUGUUUGGUUUCCAAAAUAAAAUUGUGUUAAAUAAAAAUGUUGUGUUUAAAUUGAAAAUUUCCCUUUAUAGCUA